AUGGUAAAUACAUUGGACGACUCAUUUGUGACUGAAGGGACUUGGAAACCUAAUCUAUUCAAGGGAAAGGUGGUUUUAGUGACUGGGGGUGCUGGUAGUAUCUGUAGAGUACAGACGGAGGCUAUGGUGUUAUUGGGAGCUCGAGCAGCAAUUAUUGGAAGACGUAAGGAAGCUACUGUCGAAGCAGCUGAAGAGAUCUCGAAAUUGGGUGAGGAAGGGUGUGUUCUUCCUGUGUAUGGGGUAGAUGUGCGGAACUUCGAAGAAGUGAAAGAUGCUGUAGCCCAAACUGUGGCAAAGUUUGGUCGUAUCGAUUAUGUGAUCGCUGGUGCUGCUGGUAAUUUUAUCAGUGAUUUUCAACACCUGUCACCUAAUGGGUUCAAAUCUGUGGUCGAUAUUGAUCUGCUGGGCAGUUUUAAUACGGCGAAGGCCUGUGUUUCCGAAUUGCAGAAGACUAAAGGGGCUAUUAUCUUUAUCUCUGCCACUUUGCACUACUAUGGUGUGCCAUUCCAGGCCCAUGUAGGUGCUGCAAAAGCCGGAGUUGAUGCUCUCUCAAAUGCGCUGGCCGUAGAACUGGGACCUUUGGGGAUUCGUUGCAACUGCAUAGCACCUGGGCCUAUUGGCGAUACAGAGGGCUUGAAACGUCUGGUCCAAUCGGGGCUCAAGGAUAAAUUGAUUACGAUGGUCCCAUUACAAAGGCUUGGCAAGAGAGAAGACGUUGCCAACACUACUGUUUUCCUUUUCUCUUCCGCUGCUUCGUUCGUCAACGGUAGUAUCUCAGUAGUAGAUGGUGGAGCAUGGCACAUUGGAACACAUUUCGCUCAAGAUAUGUAUCCCGAGUUUGUAAAAGGUUUAAAGUCACAGCUUUAA